AUGAAUAGGGACAUGAUUCUACCUUCCCCUUCUUGGGUUCGAAAGCCUGAAGAUCUCACCAGAGAUUCCGUUCCAAUCGGCACAAGUAGACUUAGUCGCAAGUUGAUCUGUAUCGAAUACCCGGGUAUUGUUAACAAUUUAUCCAAAGCUUUGAACACAUUAGGCGGAUUGGACGAUAUUAAUACGAGGUAUUCUGAUUCGAACCAAAGACUUGAACUUCGUUGGAGGCCUGAGGAUCCAUAUUGCAAGAGUUCUUAUGGUGACAGCAGUGCCACAAACAAUUUACUGCUGAGCUUCAAGAAACGAAGAAAGAAGAGAGCUGAUGGCACUUUUGAAUAUGAACACAAAGUUGAGAUCAUUGGAACCGUGAAAGUUACCUACAGAUUUCAAGGAAUGGUAGACUUCCAAUAUUUACCAAUGAUUGCCAAACCUUCAAGCCCUGGUAGCCAAGACAAAGAAUAUAUGAGUAUAUUUGACAAACUGAUUGUGAAAAAUCCUGGUGACAUUAAGGACUGGCUUCAUAAUGAUGUCCCUUUGUUUCUACCUCCGAUCAUUUUCUCACGUAUGGACAUGCCCAUGGAGUAUCUGUACCGUUCAGAAAUGCAACAUCGAGCAGGUUUUGUAAAUCCUCAAGACCAACGUCCCAGCCAUCUUAUUGGAACAGCCAGACAAAGAAGAUCCCAUCACACAAUAUUUGUCAACUUUGAAGACAAGACUAUUCCAGAAAGGCCGUUGGUUGGGGCAGAAGCAGCACUUCGACCGAAGGUGAAAAAUUUAGAAGUGGAAGAGAAACUCCGAGCACUCUUCAAGAAAAAACCAAUUUGGUCAAGAAAUGGGCUUUGCUGUAAUAUUGACUCCCGUCGUGAUAACCUGAAAUACAUCCUCCCUCUUGUUGCUUACUACUUCAUCACUGGACCCUGGCGUAGCCUAUGGGUACGCUUUGGAUAUGACCCUCGUAAGGAUCCCUCAGCCAAAAAAUAUCAAAUUGUUGACUUCAGAGUUAGACAAAGAAGUGGGAAUGAUAUUAUCAACAUCAAAGCCAAGCGUAGUACCUUCAGCUACAAGUUACCGACUGUUGUCAGUAAGCAGACAAGUCAAGUGGCCACUAUAAACCGGUCAGAACUUGUACCAUCAAAAGAUACACAGGAAGCGCCCCCUUCAUCCAAAACCAAUGCUGAGAGUACUUACAAAUUCAGAGCGGAUGUUUUGCCACCUUUCCGUCAGAUGUUUUACCAAAUUUGCGAUAUUGAAGAUGAAGAUGUCCAAGCACUGCUUAUACAGAAUGAUGGUCAGGUAAGAAAUCAAGUGGUUCAGGGGUUUGGGGACAGGCAUUUUUUUUCUUCCCCUUUUUUACUUUUUUUUUCUCUUUCAACAUUUAGUAAAAAUUAA